CGUAAGUGGGGGUGGUUUGGAUUCGAAAAAUGCCUCAGUCCGACGGCGUCUUUGAAAGGUAGUCGUACUCUAGGAGUCUAGGCCAAAGAAAACGAACCAAUGGUGGCGAGGAACAAAGAACAAGAGCAGGAGGUGCUGGAGUGGAUUGAGGCGGUGUUAGGGGAAAAGCUGCCAAACCAGCCGUACGAAGAUGUACUGCGGAAUGGUGUCGUCCUUUGCCAUCUCAUCAACAAAUUGGCACCGAACUCGGUCAAAAAGAUACAAACAAGUGGUUCCAACUUUCAAUUGAUGGAAAACAUACAAAGGUUUCAGGCUGCGGUUAAGAAAUAUGGUUUGCCAGAAGAAGAAAUAUUUCAAACUGCCGACCUUUUUGAGAGGAGGAACAUUCCCCAAGUCACUGUCUGUUUAUACGCCCUGGGAAGACUGACGCAGAUGCAUCCAGAAUACAAUGGCCCUAGGCUUGGUCCAAAGAUGGCUGAAGAGAACAAGAGAGAAUUUACAGAAGAACAGUUGAGAGCAAGUGAAGGACAACUUAAUCUUCAAAUGGGAUACAACAAAGGUGCUUCUCAAUCCGGUCAUGGCGGCUUCGGAAAUACAAGGCACAUGUAAAAGCGUAAAACAAACUUCAUUGGGUUUUUAUUUAGCUUCACCCUUACAUGUUAGUAUGCACGCUUUCUGCUUUACAUUACGAUAAAAAUAAAUUGUUAAUAUAAAUAUAUGUAUGGUCUUAUUUUAUAAUUUAUAUAUUUAACGUACAUAAGUAACCUGCUAAUAAAACAUAGCUGCUGUGGAUUGUUA